GACCGAUAGGCUAUAAAUAGAAUAAGCGUCACUGUCUAAAAUCAAUUGUAGACUUUUUGUUUGUAUUUAGUCACCUUCUUAUUGUUAUCAAGCAUAGUUAAGAUAAUGAAGCUACCUUGGAAAAAGGUUUCCACAGAGAAAACAGCAGAGUUGCACGUAGAGGAUGCGAAUAUGAAGCCAAUUCAACCUAUGGAAGUAGCUACAGAAGAACCUGUGGAAGAAGGAGAGACAGAGUUUGAGAAAAGUUUUGAAGAAGCCAUGAAAGAGUCGUUUGACCUCAGUAGGCGAAGUCGCUCGUCCUCAUUCGAUCCAAAUGAUCCAGAUAAGGAAUAUGUACCUCCUCGAAAGAUGAGCUGGUGGAUGUUAACUUUGUUAAUGUGCGGAUACAUGGUCGGAAUAGGUGUGUUAUCUAUUCCAAGUGCCUUUCAAACGCUUGGAUGGAUUGGAGGUGUGUUCGUUCUCACAGGAGCAUAUUUUAUUACCACGGCAACUGGUUACUUUCUCUAUUACAUGGGCUUGAGAUAUCCUACAGUAAGAAGCUAUGCGUCAAUGAGUCGUAGACUUUGGGGGAAACCCGGCAUGUAUUUUACAGCAACUAUUGCAUAUUCUUAUUUCUUUGCCUUGUUAACUAGCGAUUUGUUAACGUCAUCCUUGACAUGGAAGAAUAUGCUUCAAAAGGAGCAUAUAUGUACUGUGGUGUUUGCUGUAAUAGCUUAUGCGAUGAUGCUUCUUGCAGGCCAGGCUCGAAGCCUUUUCGAGAUUACUUAUAUUAUCUUAAUUGCUAUUACCUUUAUUGUCAUUCCCAUAAUUAUCGUAUGUGUGAAGGUUCCAAGCAUUGGUGCAGGAUUAGGAAAGACAUAUGCGGGUUCUUCAACGAGUUUUUAUGAAGGAUUAACUGCGGCAAUGGAUAUUAUAUUCGCAUUCACAGGCCAUCUUAUUUAUUUUGAGUUUAUGGCAGAAUUGAAGAGAGUUGAAGAUUUCCCAACAGCUUUGUGGUUGUCACAAACGUUCAGUUAUGCAUGCUACCUUACACUAGCUGCCGUAGCAUAUUAUUAUAUUGGUAACACGGGCCACAUGGAAAGUCCUGUGACUUUGGUCAUCAAACAUGGUGCGAUACACUAUGUGAAUGAUGUCUUUAUGGUUAUACACGUGACUAUUGCAGGUACUAUUGGAGGAAAUGUCUUAAGUCGCGCAGUUCAGUGGGGUUUCCAACCUUUGAUUGCUGGAGGCUUGAGGAAAUUUCGAGAUGGUUCUCUUCGUAAUAGGCUUUGGUGGCUACUCUGGACAGGCAUAACGUAUGGAGCAGCAUUUAUAGUUGCCGAAUUGGUGCCCUUCUUUUCAUCUUUCAUUGGCAUUAUGACGUCACUCUUCUCUUCUUUCUUGACAUUUAUGGUGCCAAGUGCUUUUUACUUUUGGGAAUUUUGGCACGACACUCGUUGGUAUCAAAAGCUCUUACCCUUCUUUUGCUUUCUAGUCGGCUUUCUUAUGUUGACGUUGGGAAGUUAUGGAACUUUUAAAAGCUUGGUUGUUGCCAUCGAGAGCACUGGAAAGCCUUUCAGUUGUAAUCGUAAAUUCUAAAUAGUAAUAUGAUGUGGAAAUUAUAUACUGUUCAAUAGCUUGUUGUUUUAAUUUUUUAAAACCCAUUUAAUAUUUUGUCCAACUAUUUUGAAGUGUCAUACAAAUAUGUUCUGUCGAGUUAUUGCAUGAUUACGACAAUUGAGCACUCUCAGCAUAGUGUACGAAAGAAAGAGAGAGCAAGCAAGUGUGAAUAGCUGACUAUUAAGAAUAGAUCUAGACCAGUCCGUUAUAAACUCACCUAUGAGCAAUAAAUACAGAGAAUGAAAUAAAUCACACGUUCUUUAA